AUGACUUCCCAAAGGCAAAGAACCACCAAACGUGCCAUUGACGAUCGAUAUGGUGCAACCAACACUACUAUCUCCACCUCUGUUAAUAAACGGCUUAGGGAGGCGAUGAGUGUUUCAAGUGUCGCUAGCAGUGUGAGGUCGGGAUCACCUACAGAGCUGGAUACUGACCAAGAUUCCUUUCAUGGCCCUUCGGGCUAUCGAGAUGGCCCAUUGAGCUCGCCCGGGGGCCAAAUAUUGGUAAACGGCGUUUUAGAAAGCUCACAGCCGUGGAUUGACUUCGACGAUCACCCAGUGGCGGAGGAGGACGAGGUAGAUGUCUAUGAGGACGAUUAUGACGACUAUGAAGAGCCCGGGGACGAAAAUUCCCCACCCGUGAUGCCCUUAUCUGAACGAAGGGUGUCUCCACCACCUCCGCCAACACGAGCACGGCCUACACGGGCACCACCACCACGGGCACCGCCAGUACCCAGCCAGGGAAUUCGUGCUGGUAAGAGGCCAAGGGAGGCUCCUGUAGCCUCCGCCAGGGCUGUUGCAGCCUCUAGGAGAAGAAUUAGUGGCACAGCAGCCGAAGCAAUUCUUUCAUCUGCCGUGGGAGUUAAUACAGUACAGGUAUUAACCACAACCCCGGAGGCAAAGCCGAUUAUCAGGUAUGCUAAGGAGCUUCUCUCGCGGCAUACAUUGCUUGAGGAGCCUUGGCCAAUGCCUGAAUCUCUUACCGUUAACGUCCGGCGAUUUUGGUCGGAGGCUAACGUUCAUUUUAAUACAAACAUAACCCUAAUUAACAGCGCGAAGAGUGAGGUUCAAAUCGCAAGUUCACGAGUGAGAUCGCACCUUGUGUUUGCAAUCAAAGACUUUGUCGCAAAAGGCCUCUUAUACGGCUUGAAGGACCUAACAACCCCAGAGACGAGGGCUGACAAAGUUAACUAUCUACUCGAGAAUGAUCGUUUCAUUAGUGACCCCGACAACUAUGCCGUAAGAGCUCCUUUCAACGUGCUAUGGGGCUUUAUAGGCCAUUUCAAAGGCUCAACCAGCCUAUGUAAAGGUCUAACAGCUAUUAGACAGGUCGUCGACACUUUUGGGCCCCAGAGAUCGUAA